GAUAUAUAAUGCCUUCUAAUUAUUACCACCGCGUCGAUUCAAUCAGAUUUCUCAAAAGUCGAACUACCUUGUGAAUCAUCUCCAUAUCCAGUGAAUCCCAUCAUUCAAAAUGGAUCAAUGGCUCCGACCCGUCUUCGCAAGGACUCGAACACCAGUUCAAUCCGCCCUAAGCAAUCAGUCUGAUGAACCUCCCGAAACCGAAGACACCAUGAAAUCCAUCCGUCCCAGCUCGCGCGUUUCCUCCUACAUCGGGUUUCGCUCGUCAAGUGCGAAUCUUCAUGCACCUGCUGGCGAUACGUUUACUUUUCAACAUGUUAAUAUUCCGGAGAAUGUAUAUCAUAAGCCCUCAGGAAGUCAGAUGGCUGAAACACUUAAAGUCAUUAUGAUGACAAGGAAUUUGAUGGAGUCGAUACCGGUCGAGUAUAAUACGUGUAUUUUACAUGUUCUGGAGGCGUAUAAUGAUCUACAGGAGAUGUUGGCUGUGAAAGAGGGGGAGAUCGAGGAGAUUAAGGGAAGACAUACAAAAGAUAUUAGGGAGUUUGAUAGUAUGGCUGAACAGUGGAAGGCGAAGGAAAGAGAUUAUCAAAAAGAAAUCAAGAAUCUCGAAGUCCUUCUCUCCAAGACAGAGGGGGGAAUGGAAAAUGUUACGAUGGCGCGCUCAAAAAGUGUUGUUCAUGGGACUAGAAGAGCUGCAGAUGUAUUCGAAGACGGUAUGGAGAAAAUAAAGCAAAAUUUCGCGCGCUACAGUUCUGGGAGAGAUUCUUCUACUACCACAAUUGACUGGAAUAUUGAUCACCUACAACAAAUUACCUCAUCAUGUCCAUUAGAAACUCUCACGCAAGCAAGUGAGCUCUCUCAACAGCAAGCAGACAUAAAUCACGAAGGAACAGUCAAAUCCCGACACAGAGAAAAUUCUUCAGUUCAAGACACCGAAAGUUUCUACUCGGCAGUGGACAGUCAAUCCACCCGCUUGACUUCCGUACAACUCGACGCACUAGAAAGACAACAUGCUACCGAAGAACUCGGUGUAGUAUUCGACUCAUCAUCAGAAUCAGAUGAUACCAGUUCCCGCUCGGCAUUUACUGAAGGUCAAGCUCCCACUCCUAAUCGCACACCCAAAAUCUCUAGUAUUCGCAAUAGUAAUAAAGAGAAACCUCUGCCUGAUAUUCCGACCAAGCAUCAGGAAAUGGAUCCUUUCUUUUCAGGCGAAGCACGCAAUGUACAGCCAUGGGUAGAACCACAAGACGACGGACAAGCAUCUUCUUCCGCUGAAUCCAGAAAGGAAUUUUCGUUCAAAACAGGUGACGAUACACCAUCUGUGUUGCAUAAACCUUCGAAAGUUGUUCUACGAAAAAUUAAUCCCGACUCGGUGCCAGCGAGUCGUCUUAGUUAUGUUAUGAAUAGUGAAGACGAGUUUGUGUCUUUACCUAGGCAUCCUAUCGCCGAUGCGAAUUCUCAAUUUGAAGCAAAAUCGAAAACAAGGAACGUGAUGUCGAAGCCGACUGUGAGUACUUCUCCGGGAAAAGAAACGUAUGCUACGGGUUUGAGACAGCAAUUGGGAAUGGGAAGAGGAAUGGGAAAAGGUAUGGAGAGAGGCGACUCAAAUAGUAGUAUUGUGACAGCUGUGAGGGACAAUUCAGGGAGGAGUGAUAAGGGAAGACCAGCGAGGGAGGAUGCAGGUGCGAAGGGGAAUGGAAGUGGCGGGAAACAGAAGCAAAGUCAGGGAACUGCGGUUAUGGCUGCCGUAAGAGCGAUAGCAGCGAGUAACAAAUCGGCUACAGCCAACGACAGAAUCCAAGCUCAUGCAAACGAAUCUGAUAGAAAGGAAGUUGAUAGGAGAGAAGGAGUGCCCUUUAGCCCCGAGAGAAGUCCUACGGGAUCGCAAGUCGGUGGUGGUAGAGAAUGAGUGGGUUGGGAUAUGGGGAUAUGAGAGGAUUGGGGAAAGGGGGGAGAAUGGAUGUAUGGGUUUGGAUGAGAGGGUUAAUGAUAUUGAUGAUGGAUGGAAUGUGUCUAUGUAUGUAUUAAGUGUAAGGAAGGGUAUUUGUGAAUACUAGGUGUAAAGUAUUAAGUUGUAGAAGAGAUGUUAUAUAGAACAUAUCUGAGUAAGUAGGUAGCAAAUACUUACUUACUUAGUUAGUUAUUUAUACUGAAUACUAGAUACUAAUAAGUUUAGUUUAGCUGCA